CUAUGAUUCCAAGCCAGUUUAAAUCUGUACGCAGGCUAAAAACAAAAGUUAUUUGGUCGCAGAUUCAUAAUGAAAAUUGUGGUUUAUUUUUAUUUAAGAUAAUAUGAUGGUUUAGUGAUAAUUUAACAACCGAUUUCGUAUAUUCGGUAAGAUAACAUUGUAAAAUGUGGAUUCCUACGAAAUCUCCGAAAUUGGCUGUCGCUGUUUACAACUGGAAGGGAGAUGUUCGUUCGGGGUUGCCACUUGAGAUCGGAGAAACAGUGCAAAUAUUGGAAGAGCAUGGAGCUUGGUUUCGUGGCUUCAGCACAAAAAAUAGAUCAGCCUGGGGUAUAUUUCCGGCAUGUGUUGUUUCCAUUCGACCAUGCACCGAAAAAGGAACCGGUGCUUCAGCGAUCGCAGAAUUCAAAGAUGAUCCUCUAGUCCGUGAAAUCGCAUGCGUAUUAAGAGAAUGGGCUCGACUUUGGAAGAAGUUGUAUGUGGAAAGGGAAACGUACAGAUUCAGUGCGGUGGCGAAGGUGAUGCGUGAACUCCUCAGUGGUCGACGGGCUCUCCUCGCUGGCACCUUGACCCAAGAUCAGACACGAGCCUUGCGAUUGAAACUGGUCACUAAGCUAGACUGGGGUAACAGAAAGCUCGGACUCGAGCUGGUGCCUCGUCGCGGCGCUGAAGCCGUUGACCCGGAGGAUAUAAGCUUAGUCGAGCUUUAUAGAGUACACGCCGAGAGUGCUGAACGAGCUGCAGCAUGGCGUGGAACCUUGCGUCGCGCUGGUGGUUCAGGGAGCAGCUUCAAUUCCGGCACACUCACCAACAAUUCAAACAUAACGGCUACCCCAGUUCAGUCGCACUAUCUGAUAUGCAGUAUGCGCGACUUUGGUCAUACAGCUGGGGGUGAUGAGGCGGAAUUAUUGUUGUGGCUCCACGACGCGAGAAGAGCUCAGCCCUUGUCAGAAAGAUUUAGAGUGCGGAUCGCGAGAGAUGGCUUUUCCAACUAUGUAGACAGGCUGCACGCAAAUAGCACACUCUUUGCAGACCUUUCCAGUACUGAUCUAUCUCGUGAGCUGUGGCUCGUGGCGUGGGUUAUCCGUGUGGGGCGAUGGGCGGGAGCAGGAGGUAGUGGGACGGGUGAAAGACGAGGCCCUGUGGCUAGAAGACCCCUCGGGGCCGGGGUGUUACCACUGUCGGAAUUCCUUAGACAGCCUGAACCGCAAACUAUCGAAAAAGAGUACACAUUCAAGGUGUAUCAAUGUGAAGAGAAGGAUUUCCACCAGUUACAUGAUAUGCUCAUUAGGAAGCAGACUAACAAGUGCAAUAUUUUACCUGGUCAACCAAAUUAUGGUAUAGUGGUAGCUCUUAGACUAAUAACAAACAAUGGCAGUAUCGCUGAAGCGGUUGCAUCUGGUGCUACGGUGACAGCUAAACGGGGAUUCCCUGACGUCAUAAUGCCGGGCGAUGUCCGCAACGACCUGUACCUCACACUGGAGAGAGCGGAGUUUGAGAGAGGCGGUAAAAGUACGGCGAAGAACGUCCUCGCCACUGUCAGCGUUCAUGACAGCACUGGACAAGUUAUCAACGAUUGCGUGUGGGGUGCUAGUGGAGUCGGGGCCACAUCUUACGAGUCGCUGGUGCUGUACCACAACAACGGGCCCGCGUGGGGGGAGCAGCUGCGCCUCACGGUGCCGCUGGAGACCUUCACACACGCGCACGUGCGCAUCGAGUACAGGCACUGCUCCACGCGCGACAAGAACGAGCGCAAGCUGUUCGGGUUCUCGUUCGCGCGGCUCAUGGAGGCGAGCGGCGCCACGCUGCGGGACGGCGCGCACGACCUCUACGUGUACAAGUGCGACGACCCCUCCAAGUUACUUUCAGGCAGUUAUCUAUCCCUACCCUCCUGUGCUAAUGACACUGCUCGCUCUCCAGCUACGAACGGUGUGCUCGCAACAUUCCAACGGAGUACAAAAGAAAACUGUAUUAUUAGCACUUUACUUUGUUCCACGAAGUUGACGCAAAAUGAGGACUUACUAGCGCUGUUACAAUGGCGUGCGAGACCAGAGAAAGUACAAGAAACAUUACUGCGUGUCUUGCGGUUGGGAGACGGCUUGAGCUGUGAAGAACUGAUCAAGUUCCUAAGAGACGUGCUAGAUGCUUUAUUUGCUUUGUUCUCCACUGAGGAUGGCAAUAGCACACCACAUUCGGGCACAGUUUUCCUUGUACUGGUGUCAAUCUGUAGUUUGCUUGACGAAACUCGAUUUCAACAUUUCCGACCAGUUCUGGACGUCUAUAUAGAGGAGCAUUUUUCGGCUGCUCUCGUCUACAAAGGGCUGCUGUCGUCGGUCCAGCACUGCGCGGAGUGGGCGGCGGGCGCGGAGGGCCAGGAGCCCAUCCGCAAGUGCCUGCGCUCGCUGGGCGCCGUGUUCCGGCUGGCGGUGCGCUCGCGCUGCCUGUUCGCGCGCGCCACGGGCGGCCAGUACGAGGACAGCUUCCGCCGCGACGUGCGCGCCGCGCUGCACGCGCUCAAGGCGCUCGCGCAGCACCCGCACCGCGACCACCUGGCGCCCGCGCAGAUCGCUCUUAUGACAUCUUGGGCGAGCGUAGCGAAGGAAGUGGCGUCAGCUUUAGGACCCGUCGAGGCCGGGCGCAUCACCGCGGCCAUGCUGGACGCCCCCGCAGCCAACGCGCCGCCGGCUCUGGCCAAAGCACGACUUUCAGCUGCCCAGGACAUAUUGAAAGGGCCACUCGGACAAGAUCCUGAGGCACGCAACAUCGUUUUAACAACUGCCUGUCAUCACUUACGCGUACAUCUCGCAAGACGUGACGAAUUAUCUCAAUGCGCUAAUAUGCUUGGGGAAUUAGUCACCCUACUGUGGAAGAAGGAAGACCCCGACCAACCCGUAGACGAGGACGAAUUAGACCCAGACGUAGACGUAUUAUGCUUGAACACUUUGGAUGUAUUAGUUGAAACAGUGCUACACUUGAUUGGUGGCAAUUCUCCUGUAUUGGGUCCGAUGGUGGCCGGACUGCUGGGCGUGAUGGAGCUACUAAAGCCAGCGCACUACCAACGUCUUUGGAGUCACCUAGCGCCUCACCCACACGACCGGAAACCGCUCAAAGACUUUCUUAUGCGGGCUUUCCUGGUCUUCAGGCAUCUGAUCGAGCAAGAUGUUUUUCCAUCAGACUGGAUGGUAUUACGAGUCCAGAGCUGCAAAGUAUUGCUGUCCGCUUUACAAGAUUUGGCGAAGCCGCUACUCGAGAGAUUCUUAGGAGACGAACCGCCGCAGUUCGAUUCUCAGCUGUGGUCGGGCUACCUGGAGCUGGGCGUGUCGCUGGUGACGGCGAGCGCGCUGCAGGCCGAGCAGUGGGCGCGCGGCCCGCAGCGCGCCGCCAUGCGCGCCGCCGCCGCGCUGCACCUGCUCGCCGUCUGGACCAGGCUCGGCUCGGCGCAGCUGCAGCUGAUCGGACCGGCGGUGGGCGCGCUGCUGGAGGUGACGCUGGUGGGCUCGCUGCGGCGCGCGGCGCUGGGCGCGCUGGUGGCGCUGAUGGCGGCCGAGCGCGCCGCCACGGGCUCCGCGCGCCGCACCGAGGCCGCGCUCGUCGACAAGCUCGACUCGCUCGUCGCCGACAACAAGGCCGACGACCACUACCGCCGCCUCUUCGACACUGUGCUGAUGGAGCGCGUGUCGACGGAGGGCUGGCGCGAGGCGGGCGCGGCCUUCGUGGGCUGCGUGACGCGCCUGCUGGAGCGCCUGCUGGACUACCGCGCCGUCAUGCAGGGCGCCGAGCACCGCGACAAGCGCAUGGCCGCCACCGUCAACCUGCUCAACUUCUACAAAAAUGAAAUUGACCGCAAAGAAAUGUAUUUGCGUUACGUUUAUAAACUUCAUGAUCUUCACAUAGCUUCUGACAACUGGGUUGAAGCUGGUUGUACGCUUUUGCUUUAUGCGGAAACAUUGAAUUGGGAUAGUGAUCAAAUUGGUGUAGAUCCAGAACAUCCUGAAACACCCGAGUGGAAACGUAAGGAGGCGUUGUAUAACCAAGUGCUGCAGUAUUUCGAUCGGGGAAAGUGCUGGGAGAAGGGCCUGCCGCUGCUGCGCGAGCUGGCCACGCUGUACGAGUCCCGGCUGUGCGACUACGCGCGCCUGGCGCACUGCCUGCGCACGCACGCCACCUUCCUCGACUGCGUGCUCGACCAGCUCCGACCCGAGCCCGAGUACUUCCGAGUCGGCUUCUACGGGAAGGGCUGCCCCUUAUUUGUUAGGAAUAAGCAGUUCGUAUAUCGUGGGUUGGACUACGAGCGAAUCGGUGCGUUCACUCAACGGCUACAGUCUGAAUACGUGUCUGCGCAUAUCCUUAUGCGGAAUACGCCUCCAGAUGACUCGGUCAUCGCAUCUGACGGUCAAUACAUCCAGAUCUGCAACGUGAAGCCGGUGUCGUCGCGGCGCUCGUGGCCGGGCGGCGCGCCCGAGCCCGUCAAGCGCUUCUACGCCUGCAACGACGUCGACACCUUCCUGUGCGACCGCCCGCUGCACAAGCCGCCCAUCGACAAGGACAACGAGUUCAAGAGUCUAUGGAUCGAACGUACAACACUCGUGACGGAAAACACGCUUCCUGGAAUACUGAGGUGGUCUGAAGUUAUAUCUCGUUCAGUCGAAGAAAUUCCUCCAGUCGAAUUCGCCUGUGAAACAAUGGAGGCAACGGAGCGAGAACUGCGUAGCCUUAUAUCCCAAUACACGGCUGAUCCCACACAGAACAUCAAUCCGUUCUCAAUGAGGCUACAAGGCACCAUAGAUGCGAACGUACAAGGCGGUAUCACAAAGUACGAACAAGCCUUCCUCACUGCGGACUUCAGUAGAAAUGCCUCCACGAGGGAAGCAGCCGCUGCGGCUAAGUUGAGGAGGCUCAUUUCUUCGCAGCUUGCUGUAGUGGAAGCGGGGCUCACUUUGCAUGGUCGGUUAGCGCCUGAGGAAGUCAAGCCUUUACAUAGGCGGUUAGUAGAGCGGUUUACACAGUUGAGGCAGAACUUGGGACCAGGAUUAGCACGUGCUAGAAGACAGCUAUCCGAAAGUAUAGUUAACACGCCAUUGCCCCCAGUGCCAGCAUUGGAUAAAAGGUCGCAUAGUAUUCAACAGAAUGACAGCUAUUAUGAGGAUGGACAUCUUUAUAACAAACCGAUUUAUUCGCUUGAAGAUUCAAUCGAUCAGCAGAGUGGUAUAAUGUCAAACAGUCUUCCGGUGUCUGACAACAGAGAUAAUAGAGAUUGUAACGACGAUAAUUCCAUGGUCAAGUCAGCACCGCCUUUGCCGUCUAGACCUAAAUCGGGAGAUCCAAGAAGCCCAACUCGACCACCCUUAGAAAAAUAUAGAGAUGUAGUAGACGAAGAGGUAGAAACUCGUCGUCACAGCCGCACGUCCUGGAGUGAGCCCGGGGACGCUCCGCCCUUACCUCCGAGGGUAUCUGGCGACAAGCGGUCGUGGGGCGAAGCGCCCGCGGUGCCGCGGCGCGCGCGCUGCUCCGAGGAGCGCGACUCCGGCGUCAGCGUCGACGCGCACCUCUACACCAACGCGCCCGAGCGACACGAGCGCCACGAGCGACACGAUCACGAUAUCGACAUUGUUGAAUCGCUUCGUUAUGAAGAAAUAAUCUCAAUGAUGUCUGAACCUUUACACGUCGAUGAGGGCGAGACUCCGCCCCCUAUUCCACCGAAGGGUCUUGGACAUCUCAGCAGCUUCGACUCGGGUCACCACGAAAACGGCGAGUCGCAUUGCUAACAAUUACCACCGACGCGUUAUUUCAGAGACGAUUGGAUUAAGGGCACACUGACACAAUACUUUGUAUUGGACUUUUGAGUUUGAUUUGCGAUUUUCUGUAAUAUCAUGACGCCAUCUUGUCUAAAUGUAUAAUAAAAGAGCAUACGAAAUUAUCCA